AUGGGACGAUUUCGCGCAUUACUAUCACAGAUAGCUCAUCCUAUACAUCCCGAGAAACGUCGUUCUUCCAACAGACAACCAUCUCCGCCAGAUGAGGCGAAUCUUCCAGACUAUGAAACUCCUCAAGAUCUGUAUCCAAACUUGACACCGGAAUCAUUGGAGCCACUUUCACCAGUAUAUAGUUUGAUCAUCGACUCAAUUUUCGACCUUCGCCCUUCUAUCGUCUUGUCCCUCUCCAAAUCUCUAUACGAUCGAUAUCUUCCCCGACUGUACACCGACGUCACGUUGAGGCCAAACUCUUUUGACGGCUUAUGGAGAUCAUGGCAACGUGGAUGUGCUGAAGAUAACUCUACUAUCAGAGCAUAUAAGCAAUCUAAGGUAUUGCACGUUAUGGAUAAAGAUUCGGCUUUUACAGUAUGUACCAUAACCUGUGGUGAUCAACCUGUUUUCCUCCCUCAUUCCAACUUGUUCCCGAAUGUCACCAAGAUAGAACUUGGUUGGGACGUUUUUGUCUGCCAAGGAGAUAAAGGGUUAUACUAUAUGUAUUUGGAAUUCGCUAGUCAAUUUGGAAAUCAGCUCAAACAAGGUAUGCUAGAAGAAUUGGUAUUGGAAAUUUUGGACAGUGUGAACGGUCCUACACGUAGACAGACGUUAUUAGAAUUUGAUGAAGGCCUGAAAUCAAAGUCGAUCAUAUGUAUAUUGAACGGUGAUUGGGUUCCUACUAGAUCCGAUAAAGCAAUUGGAAGAGGUGAACAUUCAUUAAGAAUACCUAUGAUCACGCCGGAAUUGAAGUACGCCGAAACGAUCAAAAUGGUUAUCCCGAAGCGAUUAGGACCGGGGGACAUCGAACAUCUACUCUACCACUUGAAAAAGCUGUAUCAUGAUGAACAGACGAUGCAGGAGACACAUCAAUGGAAUAAUGAUACCAAUGGCAAGUUUAAAGUAGAGUACUGGGUCUACGAUGCACAUGACAUGAAGCAGAGUAUCGAAGGAAGGCUCAAGGAACGAAACAAAGAUGACAUUUUCAGUUGGAUGUCAGACAGAGUGGACUUUAAAGAGAUUGAUGAUGAAAAUAUAGGACUGGAUUGGUCGAUUGUCUGGCGAAAACUAAAAGGCAAAUGA